GGCAUGUACCAACAAAACAGAAAAAGAAAAACAUUGAAAAAUUAAAAUGGUGGCUGAGUAAACUAUGACAAUUUUCACGAAUUUUCCAUUUUCAUUACAUUCCAACAAUCACUUUAUAAGAAAUAUUGUAGACUGAAUGAGAAAUAAAACAUGGUAAAUGAUUUUUGUCAUUUGUGAUUUUUUUUGAAAAAUAGUUUACGCAGAAUUUAUCCACAAGUGUUCGUGCGAAUUUUAUAAAUUAAACUUGGAGAUUUAUAUUGUGAAAUACCAUGGCAAAGGUAGAACAGCCCAUGUUUAUUCUACCCAAAAAGCGAAAUGGCAAAAAAUCGAUCACUAUUGCUGGUCAUGUCGAUCACAUUAUAACUGUGCAGGGAGUUGGUGACAAUGAAUUGCCAUCGAAAUACAAAAAUGGACUGUCUCCCGUUUCUGAACAUGUAGUGAAUGGCAUCAUACACUCUACCAUGGAUGGCCUAAAAUCCAACAUGAAGAUAAACCUUCCAAUCAUCAAUGAUGUCAACGACGAGGAAACCAAUGACACAAAUUCAGAUCAGAAGUUACAGAAAAAUGGCUACCAGAGUCUUUCCACUAUCCACAGCAGCCGUGAAAUCAUAGAUUUAUCACCAAUAUACGAAAACUCUUCAGACGCAUGCUCCAGUCAUGGAGAUUUAAGGGAAUUCAUCGACAAUGACAUGCAAAGAAGCUUCAGAGUUUUGAACUCUGACAACAAUGAAAGUUCUUGCCCUACACCAAACAGUCUGUCGCAAACACAGUCUGAAAACAGUUUUGAAAUGGGGCCCUUAACCGAUAGCCUCAAAAAUAGUGCAAAAAGGCGAAAGCGAGUCAACAUCAUUCCUGGAAUUGUUGAAACUGACAAUACUGAUUCAGAAAUCACUGCUCUAAGAGUUGAGUCAGAAGGAUCAAUUUCCCCUGAAUGCUCAUUAUCUGAGAAUAAAGAUGGAUACUUGACUAUGACUGGAACCAUAAAACGAGGUAAGAAAAAAGGUCAAAAUGUUGAUGUAAAAUUGAAUAUUUCUCGGGAGGAACUUGAAAUUAUUGAAGCAGCAAUCGUAGCUGAUGAAUACAAUAAGAUGGAUGUAUCUAAGUGCUCACUAUACAAUGGACCGCAUAUAUUUCUGUUUAGCCUACUCUGCAUCCCGUUUGUGGCAUGCAUAUCUGCCAUGUAUUCCUUCUACAUGGGGACAAUGGCUUGGUAUAAUAUAUUUACACAUGUUACAGAAGAUUUUAGCUGUAUCAAGAAGGUGUUUUUAGCACCUAUAGUCAUUCUGUCGUACCCGUUUAUGAUAGUCAUUUUUACUAUUGGGCUGGGAUUAUAUGCUGGUAUAGCACAGCUAACAUUCAGUGGAGCAAAUUGGUGGAAGGAUGUAUGUGAUUUUGAGAAAGGAUUCUAUGGUUGGCUCUGCAAUACUCUUGGUAUGUCUGAAUGCAGUCCUUAUGAGGUAGUUGUCUUAAUGGAUGUUAAACAAUAAGUGAAUGUAAGCCAUCAAUAUGCUAUUAAAAAGUGGAUGCACAAUCAGCAACCAAAAAACGUCCCCACUCAAUGAGUGCCAAACAACAACUUCUUGGCACUCACAUUUAAGUAGUUACAUUUGCAAAUUCAACCUUAAACUCAAUCCUUAAGGUUGAAUUUGCUCUGAUUGUGGGAUUUUAUUUGUCCUUUUAUUAGAAGAGGUCAAUGAUGUAAGCACAAAUAUUUGUCAAAUGUGAAGAAAGUAUGAGUGUCAUGUGAUUGUAAUUUUUCAUGCAUAUCUUUAUGUAAUCAUAAAUUUAUAUACUAUGAGCUAUGUUAGGAACUAUGUACUGCCAUAUCUAUAUCAUUGUAAGUGUAAUGGAGAGUAUUAUAAAAAAAAGUUGAAUGAAAAUGAUGAAUUGGUAAUCAGAUAAAUGGAUAACCAAAAUUCUGGAUAAUUGAAUGUAUGAACAAAUACUGCAUGUAUGGUUGUUUUAGUUUUAUAUUAAUUAAUAUAAAAGUUUGCACUUUUAGAUGUAUUUGCCUGAUACAAAUAGCUAGUGACAUAGCUGUGUUCAAAGAUUUAUACAAUGACUAGACAAGCAAUAUACACAGUUAUUGUGUUGUAGGAUUUUAAACAGAUUUCUCCAAUAUAGGAUAGCACAGUCUAUAUAAUAUCUAUUAUAGAUUUAUUAAAUAUGUUUUUUACAAUGAUUUUAUACUAUUAGGUAAUUAUGUUAGGUGAAUACAAAAUCACCCCAAAAAGGGUACCAAAUUUAGCUACUCCAAUAUUUAGGUAUUAUUUGCUUAUAUAAUUUUCAUUGUUUACAAUGUGACUAAAUAAAAUUAAGACCUCUUUUGUUCGGCUCAGUUUUGAGGUGUUACUGACAUGUCUAAUAGUAUGAAAUCUUUGGUUUUUUACUAUUUUAUUCUCCAGUAGAAUGUGUCAAUGACAUAUCUCAUGAAAUAUUGAUCCUGCUGUUAUUGGUUGACAAUGUGUAUCUCUUAUCUUGAGAUAUUUUGUUGACGCUCGGCCUACAGUAAAAUAUUCAGUAGCAAUAAAAAAGGUUAUACUUAAGUGUUUUUUAUCAAAUCUAGUCAAAUUAAAAUUAUCUUGCUGAUGAAGUUUUAAUUAGAAAUUAAUUAUUUUAAGUUUUCAAUGUAAGGUGUGUAUGAGAUUCUAAUAGGAAAAAAAUAAAGGUUUUAAAAAUGUAUUGGGAUCAAAAAGAGAUUUAGCAGGUUUUUACAACAUUUGGACUAUGUAUUUUACAAUUUUUUUAAUAUAGGAUAUAUGUAUUGUAUAUCUAGUCACUUUUGUAUGUGAAAUAAGGUUAUGUGGAUUAUAAGAAUUAUGUAAUAGUUCAAAGAGAUCAUUUACAAAGUCUUCUUUUAUGUGAAUACCUCCAAUUUUAUAAAGACUUAUAUUUUAUAGUUUAUUUUUAUAUACUUUAUUGUUUUUUUGUUGUUUUAUAAUAG